GCUACCCGCAGCGGCUUCCGCGGCAACAUACCGGCUCAUACCGGCCUUUCGGCUUUAGAUUUAUUGGUCGGACUUAGGGCUGAUUAGUUUCAACCUUUUCAGAUAGCGACUUUCGAGUUCAUGGCAAACAACCUUUUGCUCCUCGAGAAGAAGCUCUCAGAGCUACUCAAAAAUCUUCAAGAUGCCGAAAGUGAUGAUACAUGGCAGCAAGUUACAGCCACUGCUCAAGUCUUAGCGAACGGCCUGCGCGACAAAGAUGGUUCAAUUGAUAAUCACUCUAUACUCGGACGAACUUCAAUCUUCACAAACCUCCGCUCAUUACUCUCUCUGGCUCUCCAUGGCUCAACCGUACCAGAUUCAUCGUACACAUCCCCCAUACUGGAGAUACUUAGAGUAUCUGCCAAUCUAUGCAUGGAUCACGAUGACAAUAGAGCUUCUCUUCUCGACGCUGGUUUUCCUCAAGUGCUUCUUUCAUUAUUAGAAGCAUACACUUCAUUGGUCAAUAGUUUAUCCGAGUCUCAGCAGCUGCUGUCUCUUUCCCUAUCACAUCUGAAGGUCGUUAGAACAGCUGUUGGAGUUUUGUUGAAUGCGAGUGUCGGGUACGAUCCUGUCAAGAUUCGCCUGAUAUCCCUUGACGCGGGCAGUACUCUACUGAAGUUAUUCAGUGUCGUUUAUCCUCCUGGUGCAUGGCUUUCCGUAUCGUCUCCAGACGCAGAGGAAUGGCAGAUAAGAAGUAUGUUGUCCGCUUGGGUUUGGAGAACGCUCGUGGAAUUAAAAGAGGUCAAGGAUGAAACUUUACAGCCAUUGUCUACCAAAGACCUCCCAUUUUUAACAGCUGUCUUGGUCGCUUUCACCCCACCGCAUACAUCAACCUCUUCUAUGACAUUUCCUGCUGACUCAGAAAUAUUUUUCGACCUUGUACAAGCCGACCUCGAAUGUUUGGAGGAGUCAUGUUCCCUCAUAGAGUCCUUGUCCCUAGACGUCGAAGACGUCCGGUUGUGUUUAGCUUUGGGAUUCAAGACCCCUUCGGAACAUCCAACUGGCUCAAGCUUACGCUCCAUCCUUGAUUUCAUCGAGAAAGGGGAGUAUCCUUCUCUUUGGGCGAACGCUCCUGAUGAUUUCGACGUGCCACGGAAGCAAAAAGCCUUCGACAUGUGUAGAGCAGCCCUGAUAAAAACCGUUGUAGAGGUUGCUGGCGAAGAGGCUGCAGAAAUGAGCUUAUGGGACGACUCCGAGGGGAGGGCGGGAGGAGAAUUCGUAGUCAGAAUGGUCGAAUGGCUGAAAGGGUAUGUUAUUGACAUGGAUGCUGGAAAGGGAGCCUUUUUCGACAGGUCAGAUUUGGCAACAUGUGCUAGUCUUUCGUUAGGCAAUUUAACGAGACGAGAAAAGAAUGCCACUGUCCUUUUGUCACCUCCUCAUUAUUUGGCGCCAGCUCUAUCAUCUCAACAUCUGCUUUCUAUUUCGACGGAUAUCAAGGUAAAGCAUGGUGUGCUCGGGUUGUUAAAGCACAUCGCACAAGCAGGCCCACCUGGUUCCGACAUCCAUGUCAUUCUAGGGAGAGCUGGACUGAUACAAAGUAUCUGCGACAGCGGUGUGUGGGAUGAGAAAACAGAUGGUAUGGCGGAAGUUCUACAAGUCAGCGCAAUUGGUGUUGUGAAGCACAUGUGCAACACAAAUGUGGAGAACACAUUCAGCUUGGUCCUUCCUCCUUCAACAAACACGCCCAUACCUCCCUCGGGUUUGUCUCUAAUACUCGCCCUUGUGAAACGUGCAGAUACUGUUACCGUGAAAAGCGAAGGAACGAGAGUCCUUGUCAACGUUAUCAAGUCUCUUUGGUCCGGUGAUAUAAUUGGAACACCUGUCACGACAGCAUCCUCGCCAAUUGCCAAUGGGACCGUCGAUUCAGAUCUUUUGGCCGGCAAAGAGAGAAGAAAGAAAGAAAGCGUGAAAGCAAUUCUCACGAUGCAGUGCGCUACCGCUCUUGCGAGUCUUGUUGGCCGUAGUGGGCAAUAUCCCCUUCUUAUCAAUGAAGGCGUUGUUGCCUUGACUUUACUUAGUACGCAAAAGGCAGGAGCUCCGCUCGUUUUGCGAGCAAUUUUGGCUCCGCUUUCUUUUGAACAUCCUCCUUCGUCCGCCGAACCUCCGUCAGCCUCAACGUCAGUGACCACUGACAGUAGCUCGCCAACCAUCGCUACUCCGUCCACUCGUGGGCGUCUACCUGUUCCAAAAACCCCACUAGAUAUGUUCAUCGCCGUUCUGAAGAAUGUUGACAAUCCAAUCAAUUACCAACCAGAAGUCCGCAUUAAUGUUUGCUCGUUUUUCAUUCAAAUUGGCCGAAAUAUCGCCGGUGAGGAGAUCGAAAAGAUCAAAGAAACCGUAAGACCGGUAAUGGAAAAGGUACUGAAAACACUGAAGGACGCAACAGGAAAGGAAGAAAUGCUAGGAAAUGCGCUCAAAAAGGUUUUAGAUACAUGGGCUUAACAUACUUUGUGGUCAAUGCGACGGAUUGUAUAACAUCGAUAUACCCUUUUUCUUGUAUUCUCUGGAUUUUUUUGUGUAGUGCCUUGUAGUGCUUUUCCGAUCAAUUUGCAACGACGCGUGA